CCAAUAUUAUGAUACUUUUAUAUUUUAUUUACGGUAUUUAUUUUAGUUAUGACAUAAGAUUAUUUAACUAGUUUCUGACAUUGUUUACAACACUUAUAGUGGAAUGACUCAAAGACUGUAAUACAAUGGAAUGUUUCUCCGUUGAUUUCAUGACACACAGAACUUCACCUUUCAAGCCACUUCAUCGCUCCCAGAACCGUUUUUUCAGACUCAACAAAACGCGUUAUGAAAAAAAGGUUUGGACCUUCUGAUUUUCCGUUAAACAACAAACAUGGCGUCCUCCGCUGAUGUCCAUGUCCGAAUAUAUGGCCAAGAAAUUAUUAAAUACGAUUUAGAGAUCAAAGCUAUUAUUCAGGACAUCAGAGAAUGUUCUGGGCCGCAGACAGUGCUGAUGGAUCUGAAUGCCACAGUGAAGGAAAAGUUCAGUCAGUUAAGACAGAGAAUUCAGGUGAGGACAUGGAGCAGAUGGCUAAAGAGCAAGACAGAGAGACCGACAAGCAAGCUAUCUUGAGUGAAACUGAAGGCCAUCGUAAGCAGAUGUUAAGUAACCAGAUGGCAUGGAGGAAGGCCAAUCUGGCCUGUAAGCUGGCCAUCGAUAACCUGGAGAAAGAUGAACUGCUUCAGGGAGGCAACUCUGUGAGACAGAGGAAAGCCACUAAAGAGAGUCUGGUGCAGACUUCCAGUGACAUCACAGGGAGUCUGAUGGGCAUCAGUCGAAUGAUGGCACAGCAGGUGCAGCAGAGUGAAGAGACCAUCGGCACUCUAGCUACAUCUUCAAGGACUGUGCAAGAGACAAAUGAAGAGUUUAAGUCCAUGACGGGCACCAUCCAUUUGGGAAGAAAGCUCAUCCUGAAAUAUAAUCGGCGCGAACUGACCGACAAACUGCUGAUCUUUUUAGCUCUCGCUCUGUUUCUGGCAACAGUGCUCUACAUCCUGAAAAAGAGACUCUUCCCCUUCAUUUAAUGGAAAAGGGAACUCAGCCUCCCUCUGCCUGCUGUUUAAAAUCAUUCUGUGAAUGUUUCAACCUAAUUUGACCCUACAAUUAUCACGGUAGACCUGGCAUGAACUUUAAAAUGACUUGGAGAUGAAGAAUUCCUUGCCAGGGAGGAAGACGCACAUUUGUGCACUGAUGCUAGUGAGGUUCAGUUAAUAACAGGAUGCAAAUAUCAACCGAGACAAUGAGAUUUUGAACAGGUCUUGUACUAGAUUGCAAUGUUGGACCAAAGUUGCUGAACAAAUUAUAUCCAUUACCUACAAAAUAUAUUGAAGUACUCAGUCCAUAUUAACUGGCUUAAAAAUUGUCUAGGGCAAUAAGGCAGGACAUUAAAGAGCUAUUAUAAAAUUUUCAGGUCUUAGAACUUAGAAUAAGAUUUUCAAGAGGAAAUAAAUGCAGACACUUCAUUGUUAUUUUUCAUUAUUAGUCUUACUGAUUACAUUUCCAUUUCAGUUGCAUAUUUUACCCUUUGUGCAAUUGUAAUAAACUUUUUUCUUUGGGAAAAUGUAGGAUGUUUGAUCUCAGGUUAAUUCUGUAAUAUUCCAGACCCUGAUGGGUAACCUCUGAAUAAACUUUAGAUAAACCUCAGAAAAACUUUUCUGCAAGAUGUCCAUGCCUUAUGAACUUAACAAAGAUGCUGCCGCUUCUUAUAAAAGUUGUUUAAAGACUUGAUGUUCUGUAUAGAACAUAUUAUAAUACAUACAUAUUAUAGAUAUAAAUGUUAGUUUUUUUCUGAACUACUGUGUCAGGUUUUCAAUAUUAAAUAUUUAUGAAAGGGUGACUCACACAAAAUGUAUUAAGAACAUGUCCAGGUCAUGUUUCAGCUGAACAAAUAAAUAAAAUAAUUAUAAAUGUUUUGCAAAAAGACAAGAAGCUUGGGACUAGAAAGAAUCAAAUUUCCAUGACUCUAUGUAAUAAUUGUGUGUAUAUAUAUAUAUAAAUUGUUAAUUGUUUAUACAUCAUAAUGGUAGUAUUUGUUGUACUUGUAUUAAAAAUGCACAAUUGUAUGAAUUUAAUCUACAGUAUUACAGAGAUAAGAAUCACCAUUGAGAAUAAUGGUAAUUGCAAAAAAAAAAAAAAAACCCUCAGAAGUCAAAUGCCUGGACGCAUUAUGGUAAUGACAGUUGGGUGGCAAAGUGUGCUUUAUUGCAAUUAAAAUAAAACCUAAAAGGCUUAAUCAUUA